GGGCGGAGAAAGGUUCCGGACGGAACCCUUUCCUCGUUAGGGAAGGAGGAGGGGAGGACAUAAAGCGGUGCACCGGUGUGUUUGGUAACUGUCCUGCAGUGAAACAGAUCAGGUGUCUGCCGGGCCAUGUUGCUGCCGCUGCUCCGAGCCCCGCUGCGGUGCGGCGCCCCGGCCCGGACGCUGCGGUUCCUGGGCCGGGGCCCCCCCCUGGGCCCCACCAGGCGGUUCCGGGGCCGGGCCCGCGGGCAGGAGGACGAGUGGAGGACCAAGAACAAGACGGUGCUGACCUACAUCGCGGCGGCCGGCGUGGGCAUGGUGGGGCUGUCGUACGCCGCCGUGCCGCUGUACCGCCUGUACUGCCAGGCGUCGGGCCUGGGCGGCACGGCGGUGGCCGGGCACGACGCCGACCAGGUGGAGACCAUGACGCCGGUCAAGGAGCGCGUCCUCAAGGUCACCUUCAACGCAGACACGCACGCCAGCCUGCAGUGGAACUUCAGGCCGCAGCAGAGCGAGGUCUACGUGGUUCCCGGGGAGACGGCGCUGGCCUUCUACCGGGCCAAGAACCCCACGGACCGGGCCAUCAUCGGCAUCUCCACCUACAACGUGGUUCCCUUCGAGGCGGGACAGUACUUCAACAAGAUCCAGUGCUUCUGCUUCGAGGAGCAGCGUCUGAACCCCCACGAGGAGGUGGACAUGCCCGUGUUCUUCUACAUCGACCCCGAGUUCGACGAGGACCCGCGGAUGGCCCGGGUCGACACCAUCACGCUGUCCUACACCUUCUUCGAGGCCAAGGAGGGCCAGCGGCUGCCGGUGCCGGGCUACAGCUACAACUGACCCGGACCUGGAACUUGACCUGGACCCGGAACUGGACCUGGAACUGGACCCAGAACGGGGGCAGACCUGCCAGGAACUCUCACCUGCAGGGAACUCAGACCUGCGGGGAACUAAUUUCCGCAGGGAACUGUCCCGAGUCGCCAUGGAGACGGCAGCAGACCAAACUAUCGCUGCCGUUUAUGGAAAUCGUAGUGCGCUGCGACUCCAGACCAACAUUUAUUAUUAUUUAAUUCUUCAGUUCUGAUCAGUUCUGAAGAAAAGGGAAGUUUCCUCCAGAUUCCAGGAAGAAAAUAACGCUUAUCUUCUGUAGUUUUCUGGACAAAAUAAAGCCCCUCAUGUCUCAAAUGAGGCGCUAUGCUGUUAUUUAUUGAAUCAACAAAUGCAGCGUAAACGUAUCUACCCCCAUGAUCCAGCAUGAGCAGAUCCUCCUUCAGCAGGAACUCUCAGUAGAAAUCAGAACUUUGUUCAAACUUAAUUUAUUUUAUCUUUCUUUUCCUGGAGUUUUACAGUUAUCAUUCUAACUCAACCAGGUUUGUUUUAAAUCAUGUUUUUAUUUGACUGGUUUUACCUUUUUAUUUUAUUUUUUUAACCAGGUUAAUGAAACAAGAAGCUGUAAUUUAUUUUUGAUUUCUUGGUUAUUAUUAAAGUUUUACUUCCUUCCA